CGCGGAUACGGUGUGCCAGAGAAGGACGGCCGGGAAAGUAUCCAGAAGACGAUCCGCAGAUGGAGGUUGAAUACGACGUCGCGCAGUUGUACGCGCCCACAGAGCUUCCGGAGAGACUGAUCUCCGUUUUGCGGGAUGGCGGCGUCACGUUGCUCGACAAUGAAGCCCUGGCGCCUCUCGCUUCCCACCCGUCCUCCGCGUCUGCUACCCUCUGCAAAAGCUUCCUGUUCCCCCGGGCGGAAUGGUUGCCAGACCCAUCAGAUGACGGCGUCGUCGUGGCUCUGAUCCUCCAAAAUAGCAGUAAAGAUGUCCGCGACUUCCAUUUGACCAUUGUAUCAAUUAG